GAGCUAUGAUAAUACGCGGAUUUGGGACGCGUGAUAACAACGUUGUCAUUCCCAUAACAGCGGUAAAACAUUCCGUGCGUGAAACAUCAGCAGAUGCAGCGAAUUGCGGUCGUCGAAGUUCAUCGAGUUCCGACAACUGUAGCCCAGUGGUUCCGUGGCUGCCUUUCUUGUCCCAGGUUCACCAGCAGCAAGUCCAGAUGGCCGUCGUCCAGGCGAAACAGAUUGCUAAGCGCGAAGAAGUGAAUGCGCCGAUAUGGGUUGCAAACAGUAGGAAGCAUCCCGGAGACGGUUCGAUUCUUGACUGGAAGCCACACGGUACACAAAAUCGUAGUCGAUCGGAAGGGUUAUAACCUGACAUACCGCUAGGAGGAUUACAAUAGUAAUAAGCAACAUAUUAAUACAAUUUGAAACAAAGAUUAGUUUGAGGUAAUAGCCAGAAAUGAAAAAUGCCAUAACAGAAUAGCAUAGGCAGCUUGUGCUGUGUUUAGUUAUUAAAGAGGAAUCAUACAGGUAGAGCUGCUGCUAAAAAGUAUAAAAACUUAAACAUUUAGGAUAUUUUUCGCAGUGGAAACAACUUCAAUGUAACGAAUCGAGAUUCGUUACAUUGAAAUGUUUUGCCAUCAAGACCGAAGGAAUGUUCAGUUUAUAUGUCGCAUGCUCUUAAAGCAACGUCAUUAUUUUGAAUUUGUUAUCCUCUAGCUUUGUUCAAAAUUUUGCAGUGGCAGAGCAAUCAAUAAGAAUUAA